AUGCACAGCCGUGAAUCUUCAGCCGUCCGCGGAAGAGCUGCAGAUUCUUCAGCUCUUGCUCCAGCCAUCCCAUCCCGUCGCGGCCACUCCGGUUCCAAAAGUCCUGAUGUCUCAACCGGUCGCCCUGCAGGAUAUGACGUGGGAUUGGAAAGGCGACCGUCGAACUCAUACGGCCACCAUCGUCAGACCUCGAUUGUCCACGGCAUGCAACACUCCCGGAAUACUAGCAUCGCUGGCUCAACCUCUUCCACGAGCCCUUUGAGCCCAGAGCUCAUCGCGUCCCUCGGCCGUAGUGGGCCUGAUGAUACUUCAAUACCGACAAAGAUGGAUCAAAUCGAGCCUCAUGGAAGCCACCCGAGUCCAGCAGGUCUGACCUCGGGCUAUGGGAUGCAAGGAACGUUGAGCACCAUCCAGGACACAGAUGCGGACGAGAGACACGAUGGCAGCCCAGCGAGUCUCGUGCACAAACGUAUGAAUUCCGGCGGCAAAUUACGGCGAGAACGCUCUCAUAGUCGCUCUCAUUCGAAACAUCAUUCGGAAUCAAAGACGGUCGGGGAAUACGCGCUACAUCACCUGUUCAACUCGUUUGUCGGACAGGCUGACAGCAAGAUCAAUCAAGCUAUUUUAAAACUGGGAGAAUCUGAAGCACCCGUGGAGGAAGUCUGUGGACCUGGUGCAGACCCCAAUUUCGAUCAACUUAUAUCCGCCCUAGGCCAUAUCGCGAGACAAAAACCAAAGCCAUUGAUUGAUACCAUAAUGUUAUGGCGUAAGGGCAAGGGAGACGCGGCGAUCACCGCUCGGCAAAUGACCAAUGAACCGCUGCCUCCUAAGCCUAUUAUGACAGAAAACGGACCGCUGCUCCGUCGCAAUACUGAGCCCACGCAGUCACCUGCUGACGUCCCUUCGGAAAGACAAACUCCAUCGACAGCAUUCUAUAAUCGCCAUGAUGAUAUAGCUAUGGUCGAAAGGCGCGCGACGGUCUCUGUCUACUUGGUUUGCAGAGUAUUGAUCGAGAUCUUCAAUCAGAGUGAUCUCGCCUCAAUCACACUGGACAUGGCCGAUCGCUUGGAAGAUAUCGUAUUUGGGCAGUUGAAAACAGUAGACCCGGACCAAAUAUCUGCAUCUCCACUCCGAAUGGCAAAUUGGAGAAUCUACGGCCAACUGUUGGGUAUCAUGAGCGAAAUGAACUUCACCAGUGUCGCUAAUCGGUUCUUGGUGGAGCUUGAUCGUUACCAAAAAGACGAGGCAUCUCGAGGUCCUUCACGCGACGGCGAUGCAAAGGCUGAGCUGCUCAUUUUAGGGAUGAGAUAUCUUCGCCUUCCGAUGAACCCAGAAAGCUGGACCAAAGCCUGUGAUUUCAUGAAGUCUCUAGCCCGGUUGUUUGUCAACGCACAUGGCCAGAAGAUCAAGCAAGCCUUCUGCUACGUGAUUGAGAAAUUGCUUCUUCCAGUGGCUGCGAAUCCAGUAUGCGACCUUUCGCUUCCUCGUUGGAAGGAAUUCCUGGACUUGACUCAGCCACGCCUUACACAACUUCUCACAAAGCCGCGACACUGGCCUGCAGCUUUCUCCUUGAAUGUGCUGCUACUUUGCAUAUCUACCAAGGAGACCUUUUCGUCCCAAUGGCUUUCGAUGGUAUCAAGUCUGUCCCCACGACUUAAGGACCGUCCCACCCGAGCUCCAGCCCUUCAAGCCAUUUGCCGUUUGGUUUGGACUUAUUUCUUCAGAUACUCCGAUUCACCAACCACGGCCCUUCGCAAAGUGGAAGAAGUACUCAAAGUUGCGUUGCCCACCGGGCGGCGAGCCCAUCUCAGCACUGAGCCUGCCUUCGCUGACCCUCUGAUCCACUUGAUCCGAAUGAUUGGCUUCAAGCACCCCGAUGUUUGUUUCAGAACUAUCAUUUUCCCCCUCAUCAACUCGGACCUGUUCUUAUCCGGCCGUGAGGUAAAGAUAGAGCAGAUGGAGCCGGAGAAAAUGGUCAUUGGGAUCCGUUCUUUCUUAGCUACUAUGUCUGAUUUAGAGACAAGUGACCAGAUGUGCCCUCCUAUUCCUACUGGAUCUCUCCCAAACCCAUUCACAGAUACAUUGGAACCUAUCUACUUCCACCGCCCUCAACUGCUUGCCGAGCCGAAAGUCGCUAACAAGGCACCGAAACAGGACCCUGCCUUGUCCUGUCCGGUGAAUACUUCGAGGCUAAGUGCCAACGCCAGAGACUACUAUCUCAGGUUUUGCGAGGUGCUCGGAAAGAUUACAAUUCUGUGCGAUAACACGUUCGGUGGUCAAGCUGCUCUGGACGAGAAAUUCGGCUCCGCAACUCCUAAGACCCCCAUAACUGAGGCGUUUGGGUUUGGGCGACGCGAUGACCAUAUGAAUACAGUGGACCAGAAGCAAGGAUUCUACGACCUUCUCUAUGUCGCUGUGCAGGCUUUGCCUCGUUGCUUGUCGGAUCAUAUUCCAUUCAACUCCCUGAUCAACCUGCUUUGUACAGGGACAGCUCAUGUGCAAUCAAACAUUGCUAUAUCGUCGGCUGAAUCUUUAAAGGCAAUUGCGCGACAGUCGCAUGCUCAGCAGGUGACUAUUGGAUUCGCUAGGUUCAUCUUCAAUUUUGAUGCGAGAUAUUCCACCAUGUCUGAUGAAGGAAUGCUUGGACCAGGCCACAUAGAGUCUACCCUUAGGCUUUACAUUGAGCUGUUGCGCAUAUGGAUCGACGAAAUCAAGCAGAAGACCAAGGACGCGGCGUCAGACCAGCUGGAAAAGUCCCACUCUGGUAGCCGAGCUUUACAUCUGGAUCUGUCAAGUGUUCUCGCCCAUGUUGAAGAAAUUGAGUCCCAUGGCUUAUUCUUCUUGUGCUCGCAGUCGAGACGCGUGCGAGCAUUUGCUAUUAAUGUCUUGCGCUUGAUCACAGAAUUCGACAGUGCUCUUGGGAAGGAAAAUACAAGAAUUAUUAGAAUUCUUGAAGCAGACUCGCAGCAGAUUCUGGAUGUGAAUGAUGAACAAUUGACGGUUGCUGAGCGCAGUCGUAUUCAAAAGGGUAAAAGGCGGAGUGCCUCUCAGAACACUCUCAUCGAGUUGUGCAGCAGUGAGGUCUCUUAUGACUCCACUCUGUGGGCUAAAGUUUUCCCAAACAUAAUCAGGGUCAGCUUCGAGACAUGUCCUUUUGCUGUUACGCUUGGAAGAGAAAUUGUCUGUGCUCGUCUUGUCCAGAUGCACAAGAUGAUCACUUCUCUUGCUGAUGGCACGCGGGCCGCUCAAUUCUCCCCCUCUCAGAGCCAGUUGGCAAAUGCUCAAAUGCAUGCCCGCAAGGCCUCAAAGGGACAGCAGUCCCAUGACAAGAUUAGCUCUGCACGAAGUCUUUUCGCGUUCGUCAUCCCUCUUCUCUCCGCGGAGCGUGAUUCUAUCCGCAAUGCCAUCGUGAUUGCGCUGGGAUCCAUCCAUAAAAAUCUUUACCGUACUCUUCUGGAGUCACUCCAGUACGCGGUAACCACCUGCAAUGAGGAGGCUAAGAUGCGAAUUGGCACCCACCAUCGGACCCCAAGUAGCUCUCGCCGCAAUAGGAAGACUGACCGACUUCGGACUGAAGUAACACAUGUCUAUAAGCUGACUUCUUUCUUCCUUCGCGAGCCAGAGGUUUACAACGACGACUGGGUUGUCAAUAACCUGAUCACAUAUGCUAGAGAUAUUAGGAUCUUCCUCAGUGAUGCCGAAGUCCAAACUGAUUGGGAGUUCCAGCGCUUGAGAUUCCACUAUUGCGGUUUGAUGGAAGAACUAUUUGAAGGUGUUAAUCGGACGAAGGAUCCGUCUCGCUGGAUUCCAUUCGAAUCUAGAAAAUCCGCUUUCUCUUUGAUGGAAGAUUGGUGUGGUUAUUCGCCAAACCAGGCUCAGAUAUCAGAAAGAGAGGAUCACAUGCGGAAAUUUGCCUUGUCACAACCACAAGAGAAUGGUGAGAUACGCAACACUGCCGCUGCUAUGGAGAUUGAGAAGAAAAAUCUCCGCGCGGCCGCCCUAAGCGCGAUGGCCUCCCUGUGUGCUGGUCCAAUCAGUAUCAGCACUGAAAGUGGAUCUCAUCUUCAAUUUGAUGUUGGCCGUAUGCUCUCCUGGAUUGACAUCAUCUUCAGCACCAUUAGCGACAAGUGGCAUACUAUCGGGCGUCUCGCUUUGAAAAACAUUAUCAUUCAUAACAAGGAGCACUCAUACCUUAUGGAACGAUCGAUGGAGAUGUGUUAUGUGGCUGAGCGACCCAAGGCCCUCGAAAGCUAUUUUGAAGUUGUGACCGAAGUCCUGAUUGAGCAUCCGGACUACCCACUUGAGUUCUGGAGAAUCUUGGGGGCAGUACUGGUGACCCUAGGAAAUGAGAAGCGAGAAAUACGGAUGAAGUCAAAUAGGCUGUUGCGGAAACUUGAGGAACGCCAUCUCAAGAACUCCCGGCUACAAGACUUUGACAUCAGUAUCUCCGAUAAGACUACUGCCGUCUAUAAAUUGGCCCAGUUUGAAACAUCCAAGCGCCUAGCUGAGCAGCACUCUGAUCUUGCUUUUACUUUAUUCUCGGAGUUCGCUUUACAUUUCCGUAACCUUCGCGCGGAUAGCCAGCGAAACAUGGUUGCUGCUAUCUCCCUUGGUACUAAUCUGCCGAACCAAGUUCAAGCGCUCUGGCAAGCACUCGCCACUGGUCCCCAUGGCGGAAACGUCCAACUUGUCAUGGACUUCAUCAUCAGUCUUUGCUUAGAGCGUAAGGAGCAAAACUUCGUGGAGUAUGCUAAGCAGAUCGUGGUUUUCCUAGCCGGAACACCCGCUGGCUCGAAAGUGAUAGAAUUCUUCAUGCUCCAGGUAGUACCGAAGAACAUGGUCCAAGAACGCAAGGAUCUCACUCCGCCUCCUGAUAUCCAAAACUUGCCCUACGUUGCAGACCUUGCGACAAUCCUCCCGGUUGGAAACAAGCAAGCAGGGCUCUCGCUUGGCCAAGUCGCACUUAUCUUCCUUGUUGACCUUAUGGUGGCUCCUGUCACACUCUCAAUGGAUGAUGUGGUUAAGCUACUGCAUGUAGUUCUGAUCCUCUGGGACCAUUAUACCGUUACCGUACAAGAGCAAGCUCGAGAGAUGCUUGUCCAUCUCAUCCAUGAACUCAUCGCGGCGAAACUGGAGGAUGACCAGCCGCCUGGAGCUCGCCAGUCAAUCGAAGACUUUGUUGAAUCGAUUCGUAAGAGCGAUCCGGCUGUUGUGUGGGAGUAUGAGGAAAACCAGGGCAAAGAAGAAGAAGCGGAUGAUCGCCGAGUGCCCCCAUCUAUGGCCUCGGUGACUCGCGAAGUGGUCAACUUCUUCGGUAUUGGAUACGAGAAUGUCGGCACUCUUUGGGCGAAGGAAGCAUUAAGCUGGGCGACAUCAUGCCCUGUCCGACAUCUAGCGUGUCGCUCAUUCCAAAUCUUCCGCUGCAUCUCGACUUCCUUGGAUUCCAAAAUGCUCGCAGAUAUGCUCGCUAGGCUUUCGAACACGGUUGCAGACGAGGAAACCGAUUACCAGACCUUUUCGAUGGAAAUUUUGACUACUUUGAAGAUUAUCAUUAGCUCGUUGGCUCCUGCGGAUAUCUUGCACUACCCGCAGCUGUUCUGGACCACCUGUGCUUGUCUCAAUACGAUCCAUGAGAGCGAAUUCAUGGAAACUCUAGGGAUGUUAGAGAAGUACCUGGACCGCUUGGACCUGAGCGAUCCCGCCUUGGUGAUGCAAUUACUGGAGCAUCAGCCAGCAAAAUGGGAGGGCGGGUUUGACGGUCUUCAAGACCUCGUUUUCAAGGGUUUAAAGUCUUCGCAAUCAUUGAAUCGCACUCUAGAGCUGCUGCAUCGUUUGAGUGCACUUCCAAACAAUGAACUCAUCGGUGAUGGAACUCGGCAUUUGUUCACGAUUAUCGCCAACCUUCCACAUUUCCUUCAAUGCUUUGAGCAGGCAUUCACGGAUCCGAAGCCGAUCGAGCGUGCCGUUCUUCUCUCCCGAGCAGCAGAAAACGAAGGAUACCCUCGCCUUGCUGCGUCCCUGAUCGGCUUUGCAAACCAACAAUAUAAAUCGGAGGGGGCUUUCUUGGAUCACAUCGUCACCGAGAUCAAGGCGUACUACUUUCCGCAAUUUGAUUUUCAUUGUUUAAUCUUCCUUAUGGGCCUCCUUACCAACACUACUGAUUGGUUCAGAGUCAAGAUUAUGAAGAUUCUUUGCGUCAUGAUUCCGGAAGUUGAUAUGCGGCGUAGUGAGGUGACUUGCCAUGGACCAGACUUGAUUUCCCCGCUGCUCCGUCUGCUUCAGACCAACCUAUGCCCUGAGGCUCUCGAGGUCUUGGACCACAUCAUGACAGUGUCUGGAAAUCCAAUGGAGCGUCAUCAUCUGCGGAUGAGUAUGGCGUCUGCAACCUCCUCGCGCGCUAUUCGUAAGGAGUACGAGCGCAUUCAGAGUCUUUACGGAAUUCCCGAGCCUUCAGGCUGGUCGGUUCCAAUGCCUGCCACCCAGUCAAGCAUGACCCGCAAUAAUGUUCAUGCUGUCUUCUAUACUUGCGCCGAGGCGGAUGACUCGAAUGUCCGAGAUACCUUGACCCCUGAUGUAGAGUUCCGGGCUGACGAAUACAAUGAUUCGUUCUUCCACUUGAGGGCCGAUACUAUGAAAUCUAUCGACACGCAAGCGGACGGAAAUAUUGGCGACAUUGUUCAGAAAUUAGACAGCUUGGAUGAUUUCUUCGAAGACACCGAGCCAAGUGUUCCGACCCUGAAUCCUGCGCCCUCGAUGCUGCGAGGGUUCACGGGCAAUUUUGCUGACACCAAUGCCCACCUGUAUGACCAGCAAACUGCGCCCAUUCUGCGCAAAUCACUCGCUCGUACAGGCUCAACUUCGUCCUUCCACAAUGGUCUGGCAGAGUCUCGCCCACCGAACCUGAGGUUUGAUGGGCCUGGCAUGCCUUCUCCUAUAAGCAUUCCGCCUCAAAAUCUGGCCCAGCCCGUUCGACCCGUGUCGCAUGUUCGGUCUGUUACCUCCCCCGCGAAUAAUCUAUUCGUCCACACGCAACAGCCUAGCUCACACCUGAUGACGCCACCUGUGGGACUCCAUGAAUCCGCAUUCCUCUCUGACGACGAGGCCGAGGAGCCUCACUCGGACGUUGAUGAUGCCCCAUCUGGCAGGAGAGGGCCCCCUCCUCAAAUGCCACCUAUGAUUCGCAGUGCAACUGAAGGAGGCAACAGUCACUCCCUGGAAUCCAUGAUCCGGAGUGGAAUGCGCCGGCUCACAGGCGGGGCCGCAAACAAUCGUGAGAGAGAAAAGCAGCGAGAUCUUCUCCGCGCCCAGCAUCGAGCUAUCGCUCAAACGGCCAAUUCGCCACGGGUUCCUAAGGUCCCUGAGGAAUACUUGAACGGCCCCACCAGUCACCCCACUUCGCCGAGAUAG